GCAGCCCCUCCGGGUUAUGGGCCCGAUCCAGGGCAGGCGGCCGCAGGUGCUUUGCAGCCGGCUUGGCCUUCCCUCCCCCCCCCCCCCCCCCCCGGCCGGACUUUGCACACGAGUCCCCGGCGUUUCACACGGGCCGAGGCCACUGGCUGCCACCGAGGACCGGCCACGCGCCGGGGGGGGGGUCACCCACCUCGGCCACCCGCGCCCCGAACCCCGAGGAGGAUGGCAGCCGGCGAGGAGAAACGGCAUCUGCUGAGCGAGGGCGUAGGAGGGUCCUACCUGGGGGCCGCACAAAAGAACGGACACAACUCGGUGCAGGGACAGGCACCCGUCCUGGAGCUGGGGACGCGGCGCAGCCGGCAUUGCCACACGCGGGGAGCCACCGGUCACCCCGGCCAGCAGCAGCGGGCGCGCAGAAAGCUCUACCUGGCCGCCGGCAUCUGCCUCGUCUUCAUGGUGGGAGAAGCCGUGGGCGGGUACCUGGCGCACAGCCUGGCCAUCCUGACGGACGCAGCCCACCUCCUGACGGACUUCGCCAGCAUCAUGAUCAGCCUCUCCGCGCUCUGGGUGUCCUCGCGCCCCCCGACCAAAACCAUGAAUUUCGGCUGGCACCGGGCAGAAAUUCUGGGGGCCCUGCUCUCCGUGCUCUCCAUCUGGGUGGUGACGGGUGUCCUGGUCUACCUGGCGGCCCAGCGUCUGCUCUCGGCCGACUACGACAUCGAGGGUAGCGUCAUGCUCAUCACCUCCGCCUGCGCCGUGGCCGUCAACAUCGUGAUGGGGGUUGCUCUGCACCAGACCGGGCACGGGCACAGCCACGGGGCGACAGGCGAGCAGCCCGACGCCAGCGUCCGCGCUGCCUUCGUCCACGUCGUGGGGGACCUGCUGCAGAGCGUCGGCGUCCUCAUCGCCUCCUACAUCAUCUUCUUUAAGCCCGAGUACAAGUACGUGGAUCCCAUCUGCACCUUCCUUUUCUCCGCGCUGGUGCUGGGGACGACGCUGACCAUCCUCCGCGACGUCCUCCUCGUCCUCAUGGAGGGCACCCCCAAAGGGAUGGACUUCAACGCCGUGCAGGAGACGCUGCUGGCGGUGGAGGGGGUGGAAGCCGUGCACAGCCUCCACAUCUGGGCGCUGACGGCGGCACAGCCGCUGCUCUCGGUGCACAUCGCCAUCAACGCGGGUGCCAGCGCGCAGGAGGUGCUGGAGGAGGCCAGCUCCCGGCUGCAGGGCACUUUCCGCUUCCACACCACCACCAUCCAGGUGGAAAGUUACUCCGAGGAGAUGCGGGACUGCCGGGAGUGCCAGCCGCCCCGCGACUGAGCCCCCCCCCCGCCUCGGCAGCCCCUUCGUGUCCCGAGGGGGACUUUUCAUGCGUGGAAAAUAAAGCGGAGCA